AUGAUGCGGAGAUUGGCGGUUCGUUGCCGUAUGAAGCCGUUGACGGCAGGUGCGCGUUCAUUUGCAGGGAAAGGAAAAGGUGGUGCUGCUGUGGUGGAAGAAGCUGUGGAUCUAAUGAAGGUGGUGCCCACAAACAUUUUCAAGGAUGGCACGCACCCGGAGCUUAAAGACAAGUCUGAAUACCCCGAAUGGCUCUUCACGUUGCUGGAUCCCAAGCCUACACUGGGUGAAUUGGGACGAGCUGGCUUUGAUAAUCUAGAGCUGGAGGACCAACGUCGCUACCUUGUGCUGCUCAAUCGGCAGUUGAUCAAGACGAGCAAUGCUGAUAAGGCCAAGAAGUAA